CUCUUCUCCAGCGUCCGAUCUCUCCCACUCGCCUUCCUCACCGCAGCUCUCCCGGCUCGGUCGCUUCGCCACCUCCGUCCUCCCCCCGCGCUCGGUCGCUCGCCACCUGCUCUCCCCUCCCUCCACGUUGCUCGCGCCCGCGCUUAUAUAAGUGCAGGAGGAGCUCAUGGCGGACGCUCCGGCGAGCCCUGGGGGCGGAGGCGGGAGCCACGAGAGCGGGAGCCCCAGGGGCGGCGGAGGUGGAGGCGGUGGCAGCGUCAGGGAGCAGGACAGGUUCCUGCCCAUCGCCAACAUCAGUCGCAUCAUGAAGAAGGCCAUCCCGGCUAACGGGAAGAUCGCCAAGGACGCUAAGGAGACCGUGCAGGAGUGCGUCUCGGAGUUCAUCUCCUUCAUCACUAGCGAGGCGAGUGACAAGUGCCAGAGGGAGAAGCGGAAGACCAUCAAUGGCGACGACCUGCUGUGGGCCAUGGCCACGCUGGGGUUUGAGGACUAUAUUGAACCCCUCAAGGUGUACCUGCAGAAGUACAGAGAGAUGGAGGGUGAUAGUAAGUUAACUUCAAAAUCCAGCGAUGGCUCCAUUAAAAAGGAUGCCCUUGGUCAUGUGGGAGCAAGUAGCUCAGCUGUACAAGGGAUGGGUCAGCAAGGAACAUACAACCAAGGAAUGGGUUAUAUGCAACCUCAGUACCAUAACGGAGAUAUCUCGAACUAAUGAAGACAUGGACCUUUUCUGCAACAGCUGCUCUUCCCCGAGGCGGGUUUUUGGUCGCAGUUAUUUACUAAGUAAGACACCUUGCGGUGACCAUUAAAGAGUAACCAAUCACCCUGGGUAGGUCAAUUUUUAUCUGCAAGAACUGAUGAGGCCGCUUGGUAGGAGUAAAUCGCUUUUCCUGGGAACGAUUGUUGGUUAGCGCCGCUACUGUAUGUAUAUUGAGAUACCUUAACGAUUGGUCUUUUGGCUGCCAUUUGGUUACAUGUAUUUGUAUUUGGAGGCAUAAGUAUCGUGUAAUUUGUGUUAUGACUAGUGUAUUGACUAUUGAAUUAUGAGAAGAGCUGCUUUAGUUGUAAGAUCACAUGACACAUCCAAGAAUUCCCAAAAAAAUGUUCGU